AUGGAAUCCACUAUAAAGAUCAACAAUGCUGCAGACAUCUCUGUUAUCGUCAUCUAUUUUUUGGUAGUCCUGGCGGUGGGACUAUGGGCUAUGUACUCAACCAACCGAGGGACAGUAGGUGGAUUCUUCCUGGCUGGACGAAGCAUGGUUUGGUGGCCGAUUGGUGCUUCUCUGUUUGCCAGUAACAUUGGCAGCGGACAUUUUGUGGGAAUAGCAGGAACGGCAGCAGCUGGAGGAAUUGCCAUCGGAGGAUAUGAAUGGAAUGCUCUGAUACUUGUGGUUGUUCUAGGAUGGCUGUUUGUACCCAUCUACGUCAAAGCUGGGGUGGUGACAAUGCCAGAGUACCUGAGGAAGCGUUUUGGCGGGAAACGGAUUCAGGUCUACCUGUCAGUCCUUUCUCUGUUGUUGUAUAUUUUCACAAAGAUCUCAGCAGACAUAUUCUCUGGAGCUGUAUUUAUACAGCUGGCCAUAGGGCUGAAUCUUUAUGUGGCCAUAAUUAUCCUGCUUGCUAUUACUGCUCUUUACACCAUCACAGGUGGCCUUGCAGCUGUGAUUUACACAGACACCUUACAAACAUUUAUCAUGGUAGUGGGAUCCUUUAUUCUCAUGGGAUUUGCAUUUUCUGAAGUAGGAGGGUAUGAUGUUUUCAUGCAGAAGUACAUGGAAGCAAUUCCGUCCAAUACCUCCUAUGGGAAUACUACGAUUAAUCCAGAAUGCUACACUCCCCGGAAGGAUUCCUUUCACAUCUUCCGAGAUGCCGUCACUGGAGAUCUGCCGUGGCCGGGGCUCGUCUUUGGUUUGAGCAUCAUUGCUUUGUGGUACUGGUGCACAGAUCAGGUUAUUGUCCAAAGAUGUCUCUCUGGCAAGAACAUGUCCCAUGUGAAGGCUGGCUGUGUCUUGUGUGGAUACCUGAAACUCUUGCCCAUGUUUAUCAUAGUGAUGCCUGGAAUGAUCAGCCGAAUUUUGUAUACAGAUGUGGUGGCUUGUGUUGUGCCUGAAGUCUGCCAGCAGCACUGCGGCACCUCAGUUGGCUGUACAAAUAUUGCUUAUCCAAAAAUGGUAGUGGAGCUUAUGCCAAAUGGUCUGCGGGGUCUGAUGUUGUCCGUCAUGUUGGCCUCCCUGAUGAGCUCCCUGACUUCCAUUUUUAACAGUGCUAGUACUUUGUUCACUAUGGACAUUUACACCAAAAUUCGAUCACGACCAUCUGAGAAAGAGCUCAUGUUAGCUGGAAGGGCAUUUAUGUUAGUUCUAAUUGGCAUCAGCAUUGCCUGGGUUCCUGUGGUGCAGUCAGCUCAAAAUGGGCAGCUCUUUGAUUAUAUUCAGUCAAUUACGAGCUACCUGGGACCUCCCAUUGCUGCUCUCUUCCUGCUUGCCAUCUUCUGCAAGAGGGUCAAUGAGCAGGGUGCCUUCUGGGGCCUGAUGGUUGGGCUGCUAGCUGGACUCAGCAGAAUGAUUGCAGAGUUUGCCUACGGAACCGGCAACUGUGUGAACCCUUCCAACUGCCCAUUCAUCAUCUGUGGGAUUCAUUACCUUUACUUUGCCAUGAUUCUUUUUGGGGUUUCUGCCAUCGUCAUCCUGGCAGUCUCCUUCAUGACUAAGCCCAUUCCUGAUGUACAUCUUUACCGCUUGUGCUGGUCUUUGCGGAACAGCACAGAAGAACGUAUUGAUCUUGACGCAGAUGAGGAGCAGGACAGAGCUGAUGAAAAAGAUGAGGAAUCAGUUAACGAGGAAAGUGAAGAAGAACCGGGAUGCUUUAAGAAAGCGUACAACUGGUUCUGUGGCUUAGAUCAACAAAAAGCACCCAAACUGAGCAAGGAGGAGGAGGAAGCACUGAAGAAGAAACUGACUGACACAAGCGAAGUGCCGCUUUGGAGAAACGUUGUGAAUAUCAACGGCAUCAUCCUAUUGACUGUGGCUGUGUUUUGCCAUGCCUUCUUUGCAUAAACCUCUGAUUACAGCUCUGAAUUUGUACUGUAUUGUCAAGCAAAACCGAUGACUUGUAGAUUUACACAGUUAGAUACACUUAGUAUUUUCAGUGUCUACAUUUGUAAAAAAUCAGGGUGAUUUACUCGCUGAUUUUGUGACCAUAAUUUCAAGAAUCUAAAGAUGAAGGCCCCUGGGAUUUCAAGAGAGAGAAUUUCUCUUUAGACAUUGGAUCAAUCCAGGGCUAAAAGACGUUCAGAAUUUCCAUCCAAUAUUCUCUCUACUGGUGAUACAUUUCAUAUUUUAGGUGCAGAACAAGGCUGCAUGAGCCAUAUUUCAUAUCAGGGUU